GUUGUGCCAGGAAACACUGGAAAAGAAAAUCCAGAGUGUUCAGCUGGCCAGGCCUGAAGUUAAAGAUCUAAAGAUUUUCUCCCUUAAUUGGAAGAGUUACUUGGAAAAAGCAAGACUGGGCUUCCUGGAGCGUGUGAAUUCACCUGGAGGGUGUCUGGGUCUCCCUGUACUCUCUAGAGAACAUCACCUUUGAACUAAGGGUGAUUAUUUCAUGAUGUCAUUGUUAGGCUCAACUUUAUGUGACACUAGAAACUUUUGACCAUCCCUUGAACAAAUUAUUCAAGACCAUGUAGUCUUGGGACUUUCCCAUGGGCACUAAUGCAGCCCGUCCACAGUGACAUUGAUGCGAGGAGCUAGUGUGUCACAUUCUGAUGGCAAAACUCUGGGCCCUGCGUUAGUUCAGAAAGAGGCUGAACUGUCCUUAGUGUACAGAGUCCAGGUACACACCUGCACAGUUGCCACAGGGCCAGCCCAGCCCCUGUGUCAAAGCAUGCUCCUUAACCAGCUGUGCAGAUAUGGCUAUGUGACUAACUCCAAGGUGAAGUUUGUCAUGGUGGUGGAUUCCUCCAACACAGCCCUGCGAGACAAUGAGAUUCGCAGUAUGUUCCGGAAGCUGCAUAACUCCUACACAGAUGUGAUGUGCAAUCCGUUCUACAACCCUGGAGACCGAAUCCAGUCGAGGGCCUUUGAUAACAUGGUGACGUCGAUGAUGAUCCAGGUCUGCUGAGUUGGAGCUCUGCUCCAGUCACCUGGAAGAGAAGUGUGUGUGCAAUCCUAUUUGGAGAUGACUUUUCCCCUUCCUCUCCCUGUGGGCCUUGUGCUCUGUGCCUCUCCACUAAAGUUUCCUGAGAUGAGAUCUACUUUAUCCUUCUGUGUCAGAGGGUUCAGCUGAGGACCUGGUAGGGACCAGAUGCAGCAGAAAACAUGUUCCCUGUAGAUUUGAAGGGCAUGGUGUAGGAGGCCCAGAGACUGUGGAGUUGGGUAGGAGCUGUGACCACAACCGGGCUAUAUAGGGGAGGGCACUGAGUACAGCAGGUGAGUGUUCCAGAGUGAUAAGGGUUGGGAGGAGCCUAGGGCCAGCCUGAGGGUGAAAGUGGUCCAAGGCAAAGGGCCACACACCUUCCCCCUUGGACAAGGGCCCUCAGCGUUUUGGACCCACCACCCACCGCCUGUGCACAUUGAUGGCCUCAGGAGCUGCUGAAAGCUGGAAAGCCUCAUGGACCCCAGUGUUGGAUCAGCUGCUGAUUCCCAAGUGCAAAAUAAGAAACUCCAGGAACCUUUCCUGUCAGUGUGCAUGGAGGUCAGCAGGGUUGCUGAUGCAGCUCCCAUGGCAUGCAUCCGUAAGGACAAGGCAGGCUCUCUUCAGAUAAUGGUCCUCUGACUGCAUGAAGGUGGUGGCUAUGGCUGGCUCCCCUGUGCUGCCGGACCUUGUGGCUAAGUGGUUAAUGUCCUAGGAGGUGGCAAAGGUGGCUGGCCUGAGUCCCCUUCAGACUUUGCUGCUCUGUGCUGUCUUCCCUGAGCCACUAGCCAUGAAUCCCCCCCUCCUCUGCAGAGUGUCUCACCUUGGCCCUGGGCUAUGAACUGUCCACAUGGGUUGGCUCCGGUAGGGUGAGAGACAGCCAGUCUGCAUAUCAGCACUUCCCUCCACUGAGCACAGAGUCAUUAGGAAAUACUGUAAGAGACCAGGCCUCCAAGCCGAGAUGAGCAGCAGAUUUAGCCGAGAAAUUCAAGCAGCUGACUGACCCAGAUGGAGCCCAGGCACACUCGGGUUAAAGGCUUUAGCAGGAGGUUGGGUUUGGCAAAAAGAAGGAAGUGAGGUGGAAUCUUGGGAUCUUGAGUUUUCAAGGGAGAUCACCUUGCUUGAGCACUGGGUGCCAUGGCUACUGCACCUUGUCCCCAGUACCCCUCUCCCUUUCUUUCUGACAGUCCCUUAUUUACUGGGGACAGUUGGCUAAGUGCCCUUUGUUCCCCUCCUCCGCACACCAGGGUAGGUAGUUAAGACAGGAAAGGUGGUGUUGGGAGAGACUUGCAGGAAAGAUCCUUUAAAAGUGGAUUCAGCUGACAACAGAGUGCCCAGGACCUUUUACCCUCUUGUUUGGAAGUUGGAUAUGACAGUUGGAGCUCAAACAGCCCUCUUGAAAGCUUGAAGGUAAGAUUUGAUGAGGAGCAUGGAGUGGAGAAGAAGGCACCCAACUCUGGGCUGACGAGCCUGCCCUGGACUACGCAAGUUCAGCUUUUCAUGUCUGAGGCAAUAAAGUCCCCUCUUGUUUCA